UAAAGAUCAUAUAGUUCACACUCAGCUGUGAAGACCUAACACACACACAAUUCAUCUAUGGUGAUCGUGUGAGGGAUCCGCUAUAAAGGUAUUAGCUCCUUCAAAACUUGGGUGGACGCAAAAUUCCUUUUCAGUAUUUUUCCCUUCCCCGUACAGCCAAAGGUCUUCUUCAUAAACUCAUUGACUCAUAUAGCCUACACGUUGAGGCGUAGGCUAUCUGUCAUUUUGUGCCAGUGGUCACAUGGCUUUGGCCCUCAGGAAUGGAUAGAGAUGGAUCCCCACGUCAGCUUGUAAGUCUAAGGAUUUGUGCUCCACCAGUCUGCCUCUAAGUGACUGGAGCGCAGCAGCGCCGCGGAGGAACUACGCGAGGAUGAUUGUAGGACGUUUCCAUUAAGGCACCAGAAUAUGGAUUUUGAUGAGCGGAUCUCUGGCUCUAAUAUGUAUCUACCGAGCUGCACUUACUACGUCUCCGGAGCAGACUUCCCGGGUCUCCCUCACUAUUUAACCCAAAGCCAGUCGUCUUGCCCCGUGACCUACUCCUACCAGUCCUCAGCGCUGCCACAGGUCCCGUCCGUGAGAGAUGUGGCUUUCAGAGACUAUGGCAUCGAUGCCUCCAGUAAAUGGCACCACGGCAGGGGCAGCCUGUCACACUGCUACACGGAGGAUAUCAUGCACAGGGACGGCUGGACAAACCCGAGCGCACGGGGAGGAGGAGAGAUCCUGGUGAAAGGAGGCUCCGGCGCCAGCAGCAGCAGCUCCGGCUCCUCCAACCCGACGCCGGGAUUUUAUGGCAGCGUUGGCAGGAACGGUGUCCUGCCGCAGGCGUUCGACCAGUUCUUCGACACGGCCUACGGGAGCGCGGAGGGUAGCACAACAACAACAGCCACAGCACACGCAGCAGAAACGGACAGACACGCAGCCAAAACAAGCCCCGUCCCGGAUCACACCGGCGCAGCCUCGGACUCGGCAGAGAGCUGCAGCCCCAAGUCUUCCUCCGGCCACUGCAGCGAGGAGAAGCAGGGCAGAGGCAGCAGUGGUCAAAGGACGCGCAAGAAAAGGUGUCCAUACUCCAAAUAUCAGAUCAGGGAACUGGAGCGGGAGUUCUUCUUCAGUGUUUACAUCAACAAAGAGAAGCGUCUGCAGCUCUCGCGGAUGCUCAACCUGACAGACCGCCAGGUCAAAAUCUGGUUUCAGAACAGGAGGAUGAAGGAGAAGAAACUGAGCAGAGACCGUUUACAGUACUACACCACAAACCCCCUGCUAUAAAAACUGAACAAAGACUGUCACUGGCUUUCAGCCAUGUGCACCCUGACCGUCUACAACAACAUUACCUGGACAAGAUGGCGAGUCUUUUUUAUAAAUGUGCCAGACUUUGUAAAGAAUUUUAGUAUUUACACGCUAUUUUGUCAUUAAACAACAUUGCCCUUAUUAUUAUUAUUAUUAUUAUUAUUAUUAUUAUAAUUAUUAUUAUUAUUAUACAGGACUUUGAUUUUUCCGUUCCCGGUCCAACAACAGUUUUGUAGAUUGUAAAGUGGUUUGCGUGUUUGACGCGGGAACCAAAUGUUUCUGAAUCCCUUUUAGCCUAUAAUAGGCUAUUUAAACACACGGAUUACCGUGUUGCAUUUUCCAAAAAAAAAUUGUUUUUCUGUCUUUAAAAUGGAAAUUAAUUACCGCAUUAUACGCACACAUGUACUGUUCUGUAAAUAAGUGUCUUUCUGCCAUUUUUAAAUUAAAAAUUCACAAAUGAA